AUGUCGCUCAAACGCCGUCUCGGAUUCACCAGCACAAGAUCUUUCGUCUUGACCUCCAUAUUUGCAGGCGCCCUUUUUCUCUUCUCAACUCUUCAACUUCCGUACAUUGACAUUGACCGCGUAUUUUGCGCCGAGAUUCCUUGGGCUGUACCUGGAGAAUGUUACUGGUUCAAGAGACCCGGUCUGAUGAGGAAUGGGUUGUUUUUGCAUCUUGUAACAUUUUUACCAGCGGGUGCUCUUGUUUGUUUCCAGUUUAUCCCAGUUCUUCAACGGCCCAAGUAUACAGCAUUCCAUCGUGCUAACGGGUACAUUGUGUUGAGUCUGUCUGGAAUCGGGAUUAUCACAGCAUUGAUUAUCUCAAAAGAGGCAAUGGGUGGGCCAAUCACGAAUAGGAUUGGGACCCUGAUACUUGCUACUACAAUUAGCACUUCCUUACUAAAGGCUAUUAUCGCUAUCAGACACCGAAAGAUUCAAGAGCAUAGAGCCUGGAUGCUAAGAGGCUGGUUCUAUGUAAGCAUAUCUGCAAUCAUCUCAUCUCAUGGCUCACCAGAAUCUCAGGCAACGUCCAUCAUUACCAUGAGGAUUAUUCUCGUCUCUUUCGCACACAUGAUAGGCACACCUUCACGAGCCAUGACUCUAAGCAUGUCAUGUUCUGUCAUAGAAUAUUUGCAUAAAAGUUUCCCCAAUGCGUCACAAACUGUAUAUCCCAGCUGUGAAGCAUACUUUUCAGGCGAGAAUCUAGCUCAAGAAGCACUCGUGACAACCAAUUGGGACCUGAAUGAUUUACCAGGUAUAACGGCGGCAUUGAGAAUUGGAUAUGCGGUUGGAGGCUGGGUUGCAUUUGCCAUCCAUUCUGUGGGUAUCGAGAUCUAUAUUCGAAAAACGUCGCCGCAGUACAAGGUCAAGGCUGUAUAG